CCGGACAAUCCUUUCUUUAGUUUGCGCAGCAAAUGAGUUUUCCAGUAUUUGAUAAAUAAUACAUGUGAUCGAAAGGCGCAAGCGGUAAUAUAAAUAAUUGAUCCUAUUUCUUUUUAUGUUUUCUUUUCUUUCCUUUCUUCUUAUCUAAUAUUAUUCUUCGAUCAUGUCCAAUUAAAAAAUCGUAUUAUUAUUUAUUAUUUUACGAUUUUGUUGGUGUGAUUGUUACUCUUAUUAUCCCAAAUAAAAAAAAAAAUAUUAUUUUUAUUGACGAUAGUUUAUUAUCAUGACUUUACCUUCUUCAAAUCAUAUACAUAUUAGUCCCUAUUAUACACUUCAUUCCAACCUUCAAGGAUCAACAACAAAAAAUUAUAAUCACUUUUUACCAACAAGAAUACAUCCAACACAAAAUCUAGAUUUCAUUGAUCGUCUUGUCGAUACUUCAGCAGAAAUCAUUGAUUCUAUAUGGCAACCAUCGUACAAUGAACAAUCAUCCCAUCUCAAAGUCGUCAGUACGAAAACUUUUAUUCAAGAAAUCCUACGAAGAUCAAAGACAACUUAUUCCAAUUUACAAGUUUGUUUGUUUUAUUUAUUCCGAGUCAAGAAGAUGAUCAUACAUCAUCUGAUGAACAACAACGAUAAGAAGAAAACUCUCCACGAAAGUAUCAUUGGAUGCGGGCGACGUAUGUUCUUGGCCUCCUUGAUGGUCUCAGCCAAGUUUCUUCAGGAUAAGAAUUAUAGAAAUAGGGCAUGGGCUCGUAUCAGUGGACUCAGUUUGACGGAAAUCAAUGCUGCCGAACGUGUGUUUUUGAACCUCAUCAACUACAAUCUUUAUAUCAACAAAUCUACUUUUGAUCAAUGGUACUGUUUAUUACAAUCCUAUCUUUAUCAGAAACAACAAACUUACUUGUUACCGCCUUUGACCUUCUCCAAUCAUAAUAAUCCUCGUUAUGAUUAUUAUCAUCAUGAAAGUACCCCAGCUUUGGAACCCUGUUUAUCAUCAUCUCCACAAUCAUCACCUUCAUUACCACCAUCACCCACUUGUAUCAAAUGUUAUCUACAAUCUGUUUCUUCUCCUGAUCGAUCUUAUUAUCCAUCCCCUCCCAACAGUGAUAUCAUCGAUGGUUCUCAUAUCAACAAGAAAAAUGGUUGCGGUAUCAAACGAUAUUUGGAUGAUGAUCAAGAAGAACAACUCUCGGUCAAGCGAUUCCAUCAUAACUCAUGAAUGAUGAUGCUUUUGUAUGUUGUAUAUAUAUAUGUAUGUUUAUGCUUUUUUUUUUAGGUUUUAUCUGAUGGAUGACUUGUUAGUGAUUAUUAUUAUUAUUUUUGAAGAAUAAAGUUAUAAUCAUCAUUUGGUUUAUUUGAAACGAA